CUACGGCUGCAAUUCAAGUUAAGUUACAGUACACGCGCUUUAUUUCCAGCCGUGGCCGGCCGGCCAGGUGCCAAUUAAUUUUCCAAUUUCUGUGACUGUCAUGACUGUGGAAUUCCUGUGUCAUGUUUGUGUGCUUUACCAGAACUUGUAAUGACUUUAACUCCUUCCCUUCCACCGUAGACCUACUUAAAAAAGAGGUUCAACAUGGCAGAAGCAGCAGAACUGUUACAAGCCCUUGCUUCAGAAGAACACAUAGCAGUUUGUGAAGAUGAAACUACCGGUACAGCUCCACAGCACAGUACAUCAUGUACACAGUUCAGUGAGCCCGACCUGGAGCCCACCGCUAAGAAACGACCCAACCACCAUAUGGGACCCAUUGAUCUGAGCUAUGAGCAAGACAGUCAGAGGAGAUGCAAGUCAUUCUUUAAGAGACGCAAGACAAUAUUUGACAAGGCAAAUCAACUGACGUCCAUUUGCGGUGCAUCGGUCAGCAUCAAAUUGAAGUCAAAGGCUGGCCACGUUUACGAGUACAGAUCAGGAGAAUUUCAGCCCGAUGGUUUGCCUGGAGUACCCAUGGUCAGUCUCCAGCAUGGACCCACACCCAGAGGACGGCCCAGGAAGACACCUGUUCAUUCUGAAGAUAGUGCUACAUGCAGAGAUCCCCAGGCAAGCAGCUCCUUUAGCUUGUACCAGCCCCAGAGCAAGAAAGCCCCCUGUGCUGUCUGCAAGAAGGCAGACUCCUAUCUGGCCUGCCAGAAGCCCGGCUGUAGCUUCUGGGCUCAUGCAAGAUGCCUGGGCUUUGUGGCAAUGACUCCGACUGAUAUGUCCAAUGUCAAGUUCUUCUGUCCGAAGCACAUCCCAGCCAGCUAGCAGCAUAGAUCACGGAGAUGGAUGCCUUUUCAGACUUUUUUUUAAAGUUCCAUCAAUGCAAACCUGCUUCAUUGAUUCCUUCCAGUUAAUUAUUUAUUUAGUAACUCUUUUCAAUGCUGAGUUCAGUCACAAAUGGAUUUGCAUUACGGUAGCUUUGACGUAAAAAAUAAUCAAAUGGGUGUCCUGAUAAACAGUGUAGACACGUUUUGCCAAGUAAUUUGGACAGAGCGCUUCAAGAAAGUGGAAAGUGUACAGAUUUAGCAGCUACGUACACAAGACCGUAUGUAUGAUGUGUUUUCCAAUGCAUUUCACUAUUCACAGGGGGGGGGGGGGGGCCCAUGGGGGGGGGCG